GCCGGUAGUCGCCGCGAGCCGACUGCUGGCUACGCUGCCCACCGUCGGCUUGCGCUUCAUCGACCACGUGGUCGGCAACCAGCCCGACCUGCAGAUGGACAACGUGGCCAACUGGUACGAGCGCUCGCUCACAUUUCACCGCUUCUGGUCCAUCGACGACAAGCAGCUGCACACGGAUUUCUCGGCGCUGCGCUCGGUGGUCGUCACCAACUGGGACGAGACAAUCAAGAUGCCCAUCAACGAGCCGGCGCCGGGCAAGAGGAAGUCCCAGAUCCAGGAGUACGUCGACUUCUACGGCGGCGCUGGCGUACAGCACAUCGCGCUCAACACUAGCGACAUCAUCAGCGCAAUACGCAGCAUGAAAGCCCGCGGCAUGGAGUUCCUCACCAUCCCCGACACCUACUAUGAACAGCUUCGCGAGCAGCUCAAGCAUUCCAAGGUCAAGGUGGAGGAGGACCUGGAUGUCCUGCAGGAGCUGAACAUCCUAAUCGACUACGACGAUAAUGGAUACCUCCUGCAGAUAUUCACCAAAAUCAUGCAGGACCGGCCAACGCUGUUCAUGGAGACCAUUCAGCGGCACAACCACCAGGGCUUCGGAGCCGGAAACUUCAAGGCGCUGUUCACGGCGAUCGAGAUCGACCAGGCACGGCGCGGGAAUCUGUGAGCGGCGCGAGGAUGGACGGAGCGGGGCCGGCGGGCGCCUGCGAGCGGCGCGUGACGGCGGCCGCGAACGCAGCCAGGCGCGUCAAGACUUCAGUGCCAUUAUCUCGAACGUGCCCACUCACGGCAGUGUUUGGUAGAUUCAAUCACGGCAGUGUUCGGUACUCACCCACGUAUGCCCAGUGCGAGGCAGACACUCCUGCGGAGAGUCGCCGGGUGUCGUCUGUGUAAUCUCUAACAAAGGUUGCGGGCGGGUUAGCUGUGUCGUUCCCAGACAUACGUCAGCCAAUACAUGUUCACACAAACAAG